AUGUCUGGAUUCCCCGUGCAGCAACAGCAAGCUCAGGCUCGGAAUGCUACCCUCGCCUCGGGGCGACUACCAAACGGAAAACUCGGUGGUGCUGCCAAUUGGAAUUUCAACUUGCCCGUGAGCGGAGCCUCCGGCCUACAGGGCAACCAGCAACGCACUAUGGGAGCUAUGGGAAGCUUUGCGCAAAGUCUCGGUGGUUCCCAGCCAGCGACUUCGCUUGAUCUCUCGGAAUUCCCAUCUCUCUCCAACGCAUCACAACAAUCACAGUCGCAGACCCCCGGCCAGAUGAUGUGGGCUAAUGCCAACCAGCGAGCUACUCAACAAACACCGGUCCAGAGACAGCAGCUUCCCCCGUCGUCGCAACCCCCUUCUCGAGCAUCCCAAACCCCUUCGCACCUCACAUCGCAAACGUCUCAACAGCCCCAGGAUGAUAUGUUUCCCUCCGGAACUCAGUUCGCAAAUCGACUCGAUGAUUUUAGAAAUGGUGGCCAAGGCAUCAGCAGCCAACUCGGACCGGUCAGCCAACCUCAGACUGGUAACAUUGAUGAGUUCCCUCCUCUGGGCCGCAAUGUUGCUGCGGAGAUUGGCUCGGACCGCCGGGGCUCUCUCAUGCCAAAUACGGGCUUUGGAAGCUUCAACUCUAGCCUAGCCUUCGCCGGCGUGAACCAGGCCCAAUCGUCGCAGAAUCGCAAUGUCAUUGCCCCUUUGAAUGGACAGGAGUCGGGCCGCAUCAUGUCACCAGGAGGGGCGAGAGGCGCUCUGGGAUCGUCGAGGUCACCGGUCAACCCAGGUUCUAAUGGAGUCUUGGGAGAAAAAGAAGACUUGAACGACAGCACUCUCAUGUCGGGUCAACGCAACUUCAGCGACCCGCAACAAUUACAGCAGAGACAGGCCAGCGAUGCACAGCAGGAGGCCCAGGUCCGUGCAGCGUCACAGAGUGCCGAACAGCCGCCGCUCGAGCAGAUGAGUGAGCUCGACCGGUUUGGACUGUCCGGUCUGUUGAGAAUGAUCCACAGCGAGAGUCCCGAUGUCGCCAGUCUUGCCGUGGGACAGGAUUUGAUGACGUUGGGCUUGGACUUGAACCAGCCUGAACCUCUCCAUACUUCCUUUGCCUCGCCGUUUGUGUCGUCCAUGUCCGCGGUGCCUCUGGAGCAAGAUUUCUCUGUGCCAUCUUGUUACAAUGUCGCGAAUAUCCAACCUCUUCAGUCGCGCAUCCCGGGAUUUAGUGACGAAACGCUUUUCUACAUCUUCUACACCAUGCCUCGUGAUAUCAUGCAGGAGCUGGUCGCCGAGGAGUUGAUGGGUCGCAAGUGGCGGUAUCACAAGCUUGAACGGUGCUGGUUGACUCGUGAUGAAUCAUAUCCUGGUCCGGUGGAUGUUGAGCGUGGUGUGAGCGAGCGCGGCGUGUACCUGCUCUGGGAUCCUGCCAGCUGGAAAAAGAUCCGGCGUGAAUUCAUUCUUCGAUACGAGGACCUGGACAACCGGUUGGAUCCCAAUAGAGGGGUGAACCGUGCAGUCGGCGUCACGCAUGCUUCAUGA